UUUGAGUCAAAUCAACGGCUAUUAUGUGUUUUCCAAAAGCCAUUCAUCCGUUUGGAUGGAGAGACAGAUCCGCAUCAAAACCAACGCCUAUACCAGUAAUGAUCUGCUCUGCGGCACAUUAUAUCAGUAUUAUGUGGUGGCAUAUAAUGCGAUGGGAAAAGGAGACGCCAGCGAUUCAAUCGCCAUUAAAACUAAAGGAUCAACACCUGUACCCCCAAAACAUGUGAAUGAAUUCCUUGUGGUGAACACUACGUGGGCGCACAUCAAACUCGACGCCUGGCAUUCAAACGGCUGUCCCAUCAAAGAGUUUCUCAUACGAUAUCGAGUGACUAAAUACGAGACCGAGUGGUCAGAAGUGUCGGCACAGGUCUGGCCCCAGGAGUCGAGCAUUGAACUG